AUGCAACCACUUUUUCUCGGUCUCGACCUUUCUACUCAACAGCUUAAAGCAGUUCUUGUCAGAGAAGAUCAUUCCAUCUUACAUGAGUCCUCUGUUCGUUUUGAUCAAGACCUGCCCAGCUACGAGACAGAAAACGGUGCUCUCAAAGGUCCGGCUGAAGGGGAGGUAACCUCUCCUGUGGCUAUGUGGCUCGAUGCUUUUGAACUUUUGGCGGAGAGAAUGAAGCAAGCAGGCGUCGAUUUUGGUUCAAUUGCUGCCAUUUCUGGUGCAGGACAGCAACAUGGCUCCGUUUUCUGGUCAUAUGAUGCAGAGGACGCUUUAGCAUCUCUGGAUCCGUCGCAGACAUUAACUUCACAAUUAUCACCCAAAGCUUUCUCACUACCUCGUGCGCCCAUCUGGCAAGAUUCCUCUACAACCAGGGAGUGCAGAGAAAUAGAAGAAGCUGUCGGCGGUCCUCAGAUUCUUGCUGACAUUACUGGCAGUCGCGCCUAUGAGCGAUUCACCGGGACUCAGAUCGCUCGGAUCCGCAGAGUAAACGCUGAAGCCUACAAAGCAACAUCACGGAUUUCUCUGGUAUCAUCAUUCAUGCCUUCAGUGUUUCUUGGUCGCAUCGCGCCAAUUGAAAUAUCUGAUGCCAGUGGUAUGAAUUUAAUGAACGUACUGACCUGCAAAUGGGACGACAUACUUUUGGACAUCUGUGGGGGGCCGGAACUUCGUUCCAAGUUGGGUCCUGAACCUGUAUCAGGCGGUACUUGUUUGGGAAAUAUAAGCUCUUUUUGGACCAAUCGAUGGGGAUUCAAUCCAAGUAGGUUAUUCUUCAAUUACCAUGAUCUCGGUAGUGAUCUUGGUGUAUCGUUCUUAGAUUGUUUAAUCGCACCCUUUACCGGUGAUAAUCCGGCCACCGUCGUUGCGUUAUCAUUUCCUGGAGAUGCUCUCCUCUCUCUGGGAACUUCGACCACGUUCCUCCUUUCUAUUCCUCCCGCUGACAUUCCUCCGAAGCGUUUCACAACAUCACAUCUGCUUUCACAUCCUACGACUGCUCCUGAUGCACAGAUCGCUAUGCUUUGCUACAAAAAUGGAGCUUUAGCCCGAGAACAAGUCCGAGAUAAAUAUGCUGACUCUGACUGGUCCAACUAUAAUACACUGGUUGAUAGCGGAAACCCUGGUUGUGAUGGUUACAUGGGUCUUUACUUUCCGCUUCCUGAAAUCAUCCCCCCUGGCGUGAAAGGCGAAUUUUUCUUCCGCAAUGGUAGAUCUGUACCUCCGGUACAAGUCACAGAAGAAGAAGUUCCCCAGGCUUUUCAACCUAGGAUGAUCUUGGAGUCCCAGUUCCUAUCCAUCCGUUCUCGAAUUGCAGCCAUCUUACCUCCCGAUUCUCCCCCUCUUCAAAGGCUUGUUGUGACCGGGGGAUCGUCAGCAAAUCACACCAUUCGUCAACUUGCUGCUGACCUGUUCAACAUGAAGGUGUAUGUCAGUACGACGAAGGAAGCUGCAGGCAUGGGUGGAGCGUUGUUGGCUAAGUACGCUUGGUGGAAGCAGAACGGGAAUAGCAAGGGGACGUUUGAAGAGAUGAACGCAAUGAUGGAGGGCGAAUCCACUGGAAUGAAGUGUGUGGCAGAACCUCGGGAAGAGGUUGCAAUUCAAUACGACGGUCUAGUUGCUUCAUACACUGCAUGCGAAGAAGAAGUUGUCAAAAUCUGGGCAACCAAGGACGCUUAA